UGGUUUAUUCCGUUUUCUUGUACCUGCCGGAAGUUUUGUUUUUAACAUUUUUAACAUAGAACUGUGCUAAGUUAAGCAUAAUUUACGAUUGUGAUGCUGAUCUGCAGUAGUAUCAAUAUUCGCCGGCAUGAUUUUAUUUAGACAUGUCAGAAAUAAAGCAUAAAUACCAAAUUUUGGCUGCGAUAGAUCAUUUACGUGCUCGUAAGUCGAGGCCAGACAUUAACCGAAUUUGUAAGUUUAUGCUAAAGCGUUAUAAAGUUUCUCCAAAGGACACAAAAGCAGACCUUAAACGUUGUCUCAAAGAAAAAAGUAUAUUUAAAGUUGACUACAAAGAUAAUGUAAGCUACAGGAACGCUGCGAAGUGGCGAAAAAAGACUAAUCUGAAUAGCAAAAUGGCAUCAACUAUUGCAACUAAUGAAAGGAGGAUAAUAACUUCAGCUAUUGCUACAUUAAUUUAUCAAGAUCAAAGUUAUUUAGAAAAUGGAAUAGCAUUUGAAGAUCUUAUUAAAGCUGCUGUAUCUCAAGAUUCUAAAUUUACUAAAAAGCAACUGGAGACUAUGGUGCAUAAGGAACUUGUAUCUGGUAGUCUAGUAAAAUUACCAAAUGGUAAUUUGGCUCUUGGCCCUGCUGACCAUGAUGGGGAUAGUUCAGACAGUUUUAAAUUUGAAUACAAUGUCGACUCUAACACAAAGAUGACAUCAUCUGCUAAUUCAUCAUGUCGAUCAUCACCUCAGCGAAUGAGAGGAAGACCAAAAAAAAGGGGUGGAGGAUCAACAGGCCAUGGGCCUACUAAUAAUAACACCCGAAAUGCUGCAGUCAGAGUUGGUGAAAGACGUAAAAUGGCAAAGAAAGUAUUUGAUCCUUCUGAUAACAAUGUACCAAGUAAGAGAAAAAGAGGAAGGCCUGUUGGUUCUCUGAACAAGAGCACAAUUAAAAAAAGAUUGCUUGGUGGAAACCAAAAACUAGACAAAGAAGGUACACCCAUAUCAGAAGGUCAGAUGUCUCCUGAUGGAAGUGGUGAUGAAAUUGAACAUGAAGAGCCAAUACCACAUGAGACUUCAGGAGGUGUAUGUUCAGUUUGUCUCAUCCAAAAACCCAGGGGUUCAAAUGACAGACUAGUGGAGUGUCGAGAUUGUAACAAUAAGGCUCAUUUAAGUUGCCUACAGUCAGGAUCUGGCAUUUUAAAGCCUCGUCCAGAUAACACUUGGCAGUGUCCUCACUGUAAGACUUGUGUUGUUUGUUGUGAAACAAAUGAUGCAGGUAUUUUAACAGUGUGCAGUAUUUGUUCAGAUUCAUAUCAUGCACUUUGUCACAUCCCUCGUAUACCAGAGCGUUUGAAAGCUUGGGAUCAGUGGGAAUGUAACAAUUGUUUGGAAUCACGUCCUACAGUUGUAGGAUCACCUGCUAUAAUUCCCAGUAGCAUAGAUUUUGAGAAGCAACACUCUCUUUCCAUAGAUCCAUUUUUAAAACCUCAUGAGCUAGAUAGGGCUCCUUCGAAGUUGAAAGAGGAAGUACCUAUUGACCCAAAUAUACCAGAUAUUACAAAUUGGACUACUGAUGAAGUGCAUAAUUACUUCAUGGAAAAUUAUCCUGAGGUUGCCCCAAUAUUAAAAGAACAGGAAUUUGAUGGGCAAGCUUUGAGCAUGGCUAGGAGAGCAGACAUUGUACAAGGUCUAGGUCUACCCUUAGGCCCAGCAUUAUCUCUAUAUCGCAUUGUCGUGAAACUUCAAACAAGAAAAGAUGAUUGGACAAUGUGUUGGGGCUAAACAGUGUAAUGUGAUUGAAAAUAAAAUAUUUGCAUAAGUACUG